AACGCACCGUCGUCAUGGCGGUCAUUGCGCUCCGUAACCGCCAGAUCGUCCUUUCGCAGUCUCACUUCCUCAGCUUGAUAACGACCCGUCUUUUCUCUUCUUCAACCUUUCCGUCAGCCUCCAUCCCACCCCGAGAGUAAGCCUCAAUCGACGAACCAGUCCAACCCUUUCAAACCAAGCAAAAAUGGCUACCUUCCAGGAUCGUGCCCAGCACGCUAUUGCUCAGCUUGACAAGGAGCUCUCCAAGUACCCUGUCCUCAACAACCUUGAGCGUCAGACCUCCGUCCCCAAGGUCUACGUGAUCCUGGGCCUGGUCGGUGUUUACACCUUCCUGGUUUUCUUCAACAUCGCCGGUGAAUUCCUUGUUAACCUGGCUGGCUUCAUCAUCCCUGGCUACUACUCUCUCAACGCAUUGUUCACCGCUGGCAAGGCCGAUGACACACAGUGGUUGACGUACUGGGUUGUUUACGCCUUCUUCACCGUCAUUGAGAGUGCUGUCUAUGCUCCUUACUGGUUCCCCUUCUACUACAUCUUCAAGUUCGGCCUCGUUCUCUGGAUGGCUCUCCCCCAGACCAACGGUGCCCAAGUCGUCUUCCACUCUUUCAUUCAGCCCGUCUUUGGCCGCUUCUUCGCUGGCGGAAACACCUCGGCCAACCUCCGCGCCCAGGCUGAUGCUGCUACCAAGGCCCAGUAAACUGACCGUGCAAGGUGAUACGGCAUUCGCGGCGUGUUCUGCGUUGCCAUGAGCCAGGUCGGUCUCGGUGUUUUGGUACUUGAAAAUAAAGAAACCAGUGAAGAUUCGCUGGCAAGGAAAAGUGUCAGGUGAGAAGGCACUUCGACCUGAGUCAGACGGUU